UUGCGUAAGUGGCCAGCUGAGGGCUCUCAGAGUGAUUCUUGUGUAAAAGUCAGAGGUAGUCAUUUGUCCUCUCGCUCCUACUGAAAAGCCAAUUGUCCCGGUUGAUAUAUUAUCUAAUAGAUAUUUGAAAAACACCUUGAGGAUUGAUUAUAAAAAACGUUUGCCAUGUUUCUGUCGAUAUUAUGGAUAUAAUUUGGAAUUUUUUUCGCCGUUGUCGUGACCGCUAUUUCCGGUGGAUCUCUCAACAUAACGUGACCAACAAACAAGUUUAUUUGAUCAAUUAAUCACAAGAGUUCUCAUAUUUGAAAUAGCUGUGCUGUAGUUACCUAUAUUUUCAGUAAGUUUAAUGUAGGGUGGACCACAUGGACAGCCCCUUAGUGGUCAAUGAAAAUAAGGUCAUUUUCUUCAGCGUCACUAGUGAUCUGUCACAACAUCACUCGUGAGUCUCCAUAUCCUCCUCUGUAGGUUUUUCUGUGUCCUACCAAACACACAUCAGUUUUCUCACAUGACAAUCUAUGUGUGGAGUUCACUUCACUGACGGAAGAAAGUGGAAAAUAUGUAUUUUUCUUUUAUUCUUCUCAUUUAUGCUGCCGGUGUUGCGGUUAAAGAAAGUUGUGCAGAUUUGGUUCCCACUCCCACUAUUGUAUUGUCCCCUGGGUACAUCAAUGUAGCUACACCUGUUACAGUACGCUGUGAGUCACCAAAAGGCACAGAGUGCAAAUUCUACAAAGAUCACGACCCCAACCCUAUAAGGAAACUGGAUUACAAGCAGGGUGCUUGCCAGUUCAAGUUGUUCUGGAAUGAGUUCAAAAGGUGGAACAAGACUGAAGUAGAUCUCAGCUGUGUAAUUCUACAGAACAGAGAAGGUGAAACGAUCAAAACCUCAAAACAUAGUGAUGCUCGAAGACUUCAUGUGGGUGAUCCAAUUGGAAAGCCCAGUGUUCAUGUGUUGAAGAUUGGGAAAUACCUCAAUCUUCGAUGUAAGGCCAAGGCUGGCACCUCUUGCUACUUUUAUCUGAACAAUGGUGACUCACACUUUAAAAAACUACCCUACAAAGACAAUGUCUGUUUGGGGAGAGUGGCAGAAGAGGAACUGCAGAGGAAGAGGAGCAGUGCUGGAGAGAUCUUCAUCACCUGUGCUGUGGAGCUGGUGGUAGAGGGUGAAGAUACUGUGACAUCACAGCAUAGUGAACCCGUCGGUAUCACCAGAGAUGGAGCUACUAGUUCCCCAUCAACGUUCAGUUUAAUCAUACCUGUUCAGGAGAAGACAAGCAACAAUACCACAGCCCAAGGAAAAGGUACAAGGUUCCACGUCGUCAUCAGUCUGGGUACUUGUUCCCUUUUCCUGGUUCUGCUAGCUGGGUGUGUGCUGUGUGUUCUCCAACGCAAGUGUGGGGUUCAAGGCAGGCCUGUAAAUACUGGAAGCCCACCUGAACAGCAAGACCAAACCCCACCAUGUGUCUAUUCUGUCAUCACAAAGCCUUCUAGGGAUGAGGAAGAGGACACUAGUCUACAAUACGCUACAGUGACAUAUACCGGUGACCGAGCUAGUCGUCAAUAUGCAACAGUGACAUCUACCGGUAACCAAGUUGAACCUGGGCGCACCAAGAUCAAGUUUGAAAUAGCUGGAGAGUACGCCCUCUUAGCAGAAUCAUAGAAGAAGAAACAUUUACUGGAUAACAUGUUUUGCCAUAGUUUACAGUUACAAUCCUAUAUUUUGUUUUCAUAUUGGAUCAUAAUUUACUCAUAGUACAAAAACAAAUCCUGCCACAACAUCAAAGACUAAAGAUAUCUACUCCUUUCUGAAAGCUAUUGUUUCACCAUAAAAGGAGAGAGGGGAGACACAAAAUACAGUGUGUCACUCUCACACUCACUACUGUGGCAUUAUCUACAGCCAACAGCUCCUGUGUAUAUUUCUAAAAACAUUUCCGAGAGCAUGUGAAGAUAGUCGUCCCAGAAAGCAUUUCUCAUUUCCAUAUAUCCUGUUUCACUUCUCUCUCUGCAUUAUACAUAAUAACAGGUGGCAGGUUUAAAGAACUCUUAACCGUGAUCCAAUGAAUGUGCUGCUGGUGCCUUAUGUGUGAGUUAUGUAUUAUUAAUAAUAUCAUUAUUGUACUGUAUAAUAAAAUGUUAAAUAAUUGACUUCCAUAACAAUAUCCCUAGUUGUACUUUUGGUCGGAAUGACAAUGAACGACAUUUCUUGUCGUCUCUCUUGACCUACAGUUAACAGAUGCAGGUACGUUUCUCCCCUUCUCUUGCUUGUUUUGUCAUUCAACAUUAGGGAUGCACUUGUGUGAUUUGCAUGGUAAUCAAAGGCUGGGAAAUAAAUGUAAAGAAGGGAAUAAUCUUGCAUGUUGAAUUUGUUUUAGAACGGAUACUAAUCGUUGUUUUUUCACUACAAUGUUAUCAAACCUCUUUCCUCAACUACCUCUCUCUUUCCUCAUCUACCUCUCUCUUUCCUCAACUACCUCUCUCUUUCCUCAUCUACCUCUCUCUUUCCUCAACUACCUCUCUCUUUCCUCAUCUACCUCUCUCUUUCCUCAACUACCUCUCUCUUUCCUCAACUACCUCUCUCUUUCCUCAACUACCUCUCUCUUUCCUCAACUACCUCUCUCUUUCCUCAUCUACCUCUCUCUUUCCUCAACUACCUCUCUCUUUCCUCAACUACCUCUCUCUUUCCUCAUCUACCUCUCUCUUUCCUCAUCUACCUCUCUCUUUCCUCAACUACCUCUCUCUUUCCUCAACUACCUCUCUCUUUCCUCAACUACCUCUCUCUUUCCUCAACUACCUCUCUCUUUCCUCAACUACCUCUCUCUUUCCUCAUCCUUCAAGGGGACAAGGAGAAACAGACAAACACUUGGAUUACCCAGAAGAAGCACCAGAUCUCAGUAAGCCUGAAGUUUGUGAUCCUGACUGAAGUGGUUGAGCUGAGCAAUGAGUCCUCUGCCCUUGUAAAGGGUCAGCAGUGUUUGUUCUAUGUGGAUUCUAAACUCAAGGAGCUUGGUCGAUCAAAUGCCAGCCACAACCAAUGCUCCUUCCAAGUAAAAGGGUCAGAGCUGCCUGGGUGGAAGCCCAGAGGGCUGUGGUCAAAAGUCACCGUCCAGUGUCAUUAUGAAGAAGAGAAGAAGAAAAGGCAAUACCAUGACGUAAUUAUGUUUUUAUGUAGCUGCCUCACACUUUUCCUCCACUUUGCCACCAUAGUGCUUUUUUGGUUUUCUGUGCAUAAACAGUACAGUGGGCUGGCACACAACAUAUAAGCAUGUUAUAAAUGAGUAACAGUUGGAAUUGUGGUUUAUUGAAAGGAUUUGAUGAUUUGAUGUUUCCUUUCAAAUAGUCAUUUGUCCUCAUCCCUUUGUUACAAUAACAGGAAGGUGAAGAUGAUUUGUGCUAUGCCACCUUGUCCCAUGCUGGUGCUCCUCCAUCCUACUCAGUCAAGUUUGAACAAGGCCAUGACUAUGCCACAGUGGUCAUAUACUGACUAGCAUUGCCAAACUGAAUGGACAUGAAAGGACUUCCACAUGGAUAGAUUGCUUGACUUUAACACCUACAUUUCAAUUUUCUUUCCAAGAAAUCAAUUGCAUAAAUCUAUUUGCAAUGUAGUUUUGAUUAUCCAAUUUGUCACAUUAAGAGAACAAUAAAGUUUUUGUAUUCCA